AUGAACCGCCCGAACUUAAAGUACAUCGUGCAGCCACGCAGGACCUUCGAGGAGGAUAUGACUCACAUCUUUGGCUUGUCAUCUCACGGGUCUGAGAGGGUGAUAGACAACACCCAGAUCGAACCAACGUCCUCCACCAUCGUGUAUGUACAGACCAAGGCGCGUUGCGAAGAGCUGGCCGCACUGCUGAGUAGAGCCGGUGUGGCUGCGGCAUCCUAUCAUGCCGGUUUGCCCAUGCAGGACCGACGUGAUAUGCACCGAGCAUUCUUGAUGGAUGAACUUCAAGUGGUUGUGGCUACCAUUGCCUUCGGAAUGGGCAUAGACAAGGCCUCUAUUCGCCGCGUGAUUCACUAUGGUGCAGCACACUCGCUGGAGAGCUACGUGCAACAAUGCGGCAGGGCUGGGCGCGACGGAGAGGAUGCAGAGUGCAUCACAUUCUUUAAACCGCAGGAUCUCCAAGAAGCCAAGACUCUGAUACUCCAAGGCUCUAAGGCCAACGAUGAGCAUUCGAGGCACCUGCUUCUCUUGCACUCCAAGCUCGCAGCCUUCCUGGCAGACAGCAGCCAGUGCCGGCGCGUGCGACUUCUCCAGCACUUCGGCGAAGAGCCUCAGAGGCUGAACAGCGAACCGCAAGAGCCACGCAAAGGAGAGUGCAUUCAAGUCGGGAGCCUUCCUGCAUGCUGCUCCUGGUGUGACGUGUGUCAGGAAAGGAAGCUUCCGAUUACGAAUUCGCCAGAAGAUGGCGACUUCACGCAAGAGUGCCGCAUCCUGCUCCAGUGUGUCUCGGCAUGCGGUGGCUUCACUGGGUCUGCCUUGCCCUGUGCGCUGGCCGCAGGCCAAUUGGUCGACAAGCUCAAGGCUCGGAACCUUCACACGCAUCCUGCCUUUGGGAGUGGACGUCACAAGGCCCACAGCUGGUGGAAGGCUUUUCUCCCACAUGUUCUCCGAGCAGGAUUCCUGGAGGAAAAGCCUGCGAAGCUGGCGAAUGGUCUGAGUUAUGCUGCCCUCUCCGUGUCGGAGCAAGGAUUGCGAAGGAUGCGAUCUACCGACCAAAGUGCCUUCUUUCGCAUUUCUCCUGUGCCGUCGGAUCUGGCUGCACCACCUCCAAAACCGGCUCCCGUCGUGCUUCGGUCCCCUGCAGUGGCACCUGAAGUGGACUCAGCAGUGCAGCGCAGUGAGUCUGGAGGUGCAGAUUCGCUGGAUAUCAAGAAGCAGGAGCUUUACAGAAGACUUUCGCACGUUCGUCAGCAGUGGAUGCGACGGCUGGACAUCAUGGGAGAGUCCCUAGUAUCCAAUCCCGUUUUGCGUAUGCUAGCAGAGAUUCGGCCGUCUUCUGUACGUGUCGCGCAGCAAACGGUGCCCGGCCUACCGCAGCUCCGCACGGAGCCGCUGGCAAGCUUGCUUGAGGCACUCGUUUCCGAAGUGAAUAA